AUGACAACUAGCCGGUCACUCAUCGAGCUGCCUCCUGGUGAGGAGGUGGUGAGCGUGAAAAUGAUCAACCCGGUCAAUUUCGGCCCAGCUAUCAUCAAACGGUUCAUGGAGCCUCCUGUUCCCGGUGUGGAAAAAAAGAAACCGGGGCCUGUUUUGACAUUCCUUUUGGAACAUCCCUCAGGUCAAAAGCUGGUCUUUGAUCUUGGAAUCCGCAAGGAUUAUCAGAACUAUGCUCCCACUGUGGCAAACUAUAUACCAACAACAAACUACGACAUCAAAGUAUCAAAGAAUGUGGUCGAUAUCCUGGAAGAGAACGGGAUCCCUGGAGAGAGCAUUAAUGCGGUGAUCUGGAGGAUGCCAUGUUGCCCGGCUAUCCUGCCAAUCCCGAAAUCCCCUAUCCGGGAGAGUGACUAUAAUGGUCGAUUCCUGCGCGAGAUUCGAUUUGAUGGCCCCGAUGCCCUGCGUAUUGGAAAAUUCCCUGCCGUCGAUUACUUUGGCGAUGGGUCCUUCUACCUCUUAGACAGCCCUGGACACGCAAUUGGGCAUCUUUGCGGUCUAGCACGAACGACUGUGGAUCCUCCUACUUUCGUUAUGAUGGGAGGAGACAUCUGCCAUUACGCGGGCAUUUUUAGACCGUCGAAAUAUCUGCCUGUGCCGCCGGAGAUCACUCCACACCCGUAUAAUGCACAAAGCGAUCUCCCGUUCUGUCCUGGAAGUGUUUUCGAUGAUCUGCAGCACAUUAGAGGAAGGAAACCAACAGAUACAAUGUACGAGAUGUGUUUCGGUCAUGAUAUCCCCCUUGCACAAAAGACCCGUGACCAACUGCAAGAAUUGGACUGUGACGAGAACAUAUUUGUUAUCAUUGCACAUGAUGCAACUGUUAGAGAUGGGGUAGACCACUUCCCAUUGAGUCUCAAUGCUUGGAAGGAGAAGGGGUGGGCACAGAAUGUCAAGUGGACUUGGUUGAGGGACUUGGAACCCUUUUGGAAAUCAAAAGGCUUGUAA